CGGUGCUACCACACAGGGACUGGAGGCUCUGCCGGAACUCUGCAGCCGCAUCGGCUCUGAUUAUUUCAACAUCGGGGUUCGGUCCAACAUGGCGGCUUACGGAUGGAAAUACUGAUGACAGUCCGAAAGAUCGCCUCGAUUUGUACGAUGGGCGCCAAUGCCUCUGCCUUGGAAAAGGAGAUUGGACCGGAACAGUUUCCCGUUAAUGAACACUACUUUGGAUUGGUCAAUUUUGGCAACACCUGCUACUGUAACUCAGUGCUGCAGGCUUUGUAUUUCUGUCGACCGUUCAGGGAGAAAGUGCUGGCGUACAAGGUGCAGCCUCGGCGUAAGGAGUCCCUCCUCACCUGUCUGGCCGACCUGUUCAACAGCAUCGCCACACAGAAGAAGAAAGUGGGAGUCAUCCCACCAAAGAAAUUCAUCUCACGGCUGAGAAAAGAAAACGAGCUAUUCGAUAACUACAUGCAGCAGGAUGCUCACGAAUUCCUCAACUACCUCCUCAACACCAUCGCAGACCUGCUGCAGGAGGAGAAGAGCCAGGAGCGGCAGCAGAAUGGAAAGCUGGUGCAGAAUGGAGGAGGAGGAGGGGGUGGAGGUGGUGGCGGUGGAGGAGGAGGAGGGGAGGGAGGUGAGGGAGAAGGUGGAAAGGAGACACAACAGACCUGGGUCCACGAGAUCUUUCAAGGGACACUGACCAAUGAGACACGCUGCCUCAACUGUGAAGCUGUGAGCAGUAAAGAUGAAGACUUCCUGGAUCUGUCGGUAGAUGUGGAGCAGAACACGUCUAUCACACACUGUCUCAGGGGCUUCAGUAAUACAGAGACGUUAUGUAGUGAAUACAAAUACUACUGUGAGCAGUGUCGCAGCAAACAGGAAGCCCAGAAAAGAAUGAGGGUAAAGAAGCUGCCGAUGAUUCUCGCACUCCACCUGAAGCGCUUUAAGUACAUGGACCAGCUGCACCGCUACACCAAACUGUCCUAUCGCGUCGUCUUCCCCCUAGAGCUCCGCCUCUUCAACACCUCUGGGGACGCCACCAACCCCGACCGCAUGUACGACCUGGUGGCUGUCGUAGUACACUGUGGCAGUGGUCCAAACCGUGGACACUACAUCACCAUUGUCAAGAGCCAUGGCUUCUGGCUGCUGUUCGAUGAUGACAUUGUAGAGAAAAUUGAUGCGCAGGCGAUUGAGGAGUUCUACGGUCUGACAUCAGACAUUUCCAAGAACUCUGAGUCGGGGUACAUCCUGUUCUACCAGUCCAGAGACUGAAGCCAGUGGCGGUAAAUCCCCAACAGACUGUCACUUAGCAGAGGGGCUUACGGCUGCAGGCGGCUCCACCCGUACGCUCACAUAUGUAUCCAGGCUUCUUUCCCUGAAGGCGGAGCUUUGCACUGGGGCGCCACUUGGAUUGGUUGAAACGUGCAGGUCGCAUGGCAGCCUCCUGGAUUACAGCCGGUGUUACCCUCUGAGCCCACACUGCAACUGGCACCUUAAAAAAAACAAGACACAACACGGAUUGAUUCUGUAACACGCUUUGCACUGUGUAAUUGGCUCGGGUGCCACCAAUCCAAGAGGCUGACAUUGCUGUGUGCACAUCGGUCUGUUUGAAGGUAAAAGCAGUUUGGGAAGGAUGAGACUGCAUAGCGUAACCAAUUUACAGUUGGAAACAACGGAGGAUCGUAACCCGCCUCGUCACAGUAACCAUUGUGUCAUCACAGUCUUCUUUAGCUACUUUUCUGCUAACUUAUGCUAACUUAGCUUUCCACAGUAACAGCAAAGGUUUCCUGAGCUUUAAGCUAACACAGUUUAACAACCUUCCAAACAACUCCCAGAAAGUCCAGAUGGCACCAAAAGACAUCACACACACCACCAUCGGGGAUUAAAAAUGCUCGGCUGUGCAGUGAGACUGCAGCACAGUAAUACAGCUGAUAUCUUGCAGUGUUUCUUUAAUUUUGUAAAAGUGUUAUUAGCCGGCUUGGAAGUGAAAGCCAGCCAACAGAUGUGGUGUUGGUGAAACUGUGCUGCUCAGAUGGCUCAUUAUUUUCAUUUUUUUUUUGUUUUAGUUAUAAGAAAAAUUAAGUGAAAUUGGUUAGAAAUCUGGUUAAAAGUCUGAUUUUUGUGUCUGUAGUUUUAUUAAUCACUGCAGUGGUUUUUCAGCAUGUUUACUCAGUGACAAUAUUCUGAGUUUUAUUCUUUAAAGGAGCACAUUAUCUGCUGUAAAUCAGUGUUUAUAAGCAGGAAACACCUUAUGGCUUUGAGUGAGAGAAGUCAUUUGAGUGCUCUGUUUUAAGAACAGCUACAAACUGAAGCCGAUUAGCCUUACAGAUCACUACAUCCCUGCUGUAUUUUUUGAAGGCAGAGCCAAAGUGGCUGGUUUUCAGGUUACCGCUGUGUCGUGCCAUUACCACUCGUGUGUGGUGCCACAAUAAGGGAAGACACAGAGGAGAGCUCAGGUAUUUUAAGCUACAUGAGCUGACUUUGUGAGCUUUUUGUGGUCGCCAUGGCAGUUUGUGUCGUUUUAUUAUUUUGUUAUGUGUUAAAUGCCAGAAUAUGCACAUUUAGUACCUUUUUUUAAAGGGACACAAACAGACAAAUACUUUACUUUGUGCUAGUGCUGACAUCCAAACUGCCAUGCUACAUCCAGCCUGUUUGAAUGUCUUACCCUUUUUUUUUUUUUUUAUUGCAAUGUGCAGCUAUCCUACUCCACUUCGGCGCACAGCCACUCACUGGUGAAGUUCAGCUGUGGCUGAAGUGUUUCUGCUACAGCUGCAGAACUGGCUGCCAGUCUCUCCUUUUACGUAACAUGUUUUUCUCUCCUCAGUUUCAGCUGUCAGUAAAACUUAAGCGAUGCUCACCGGAGUGGAACGUGUCCACAGUUCGCUGAUGACAAUGUUAGAUUCAGAGUCUGUCUCUGAUGCUUAAAACAGCCUUCCUCUCCAAAAUAAAUUAAUUAUAACAGAGUAAAGGAUUAUCUGUCAGUAAAUAUACAUAAUUAAUCCAGAUGGUAAUAUUGUCAUAAAUUUGAGCUAAAACAAAGAUUUGUUGGUUGUAGAAACAUCAUUAAAACAUUCACAGUUUACAUACUAAAGAUCCACACUGAAACUAAUCAUUAGUGCUACUGGCAGACAUGUUAAACGUAGUCUGUAUUCACACAUUAGUGGUUUUUCCCUGUGGUCAUAUGCAUUUUAUAGGAUGAGGGAUCUUUAUUAAUGACUAUAUUAACUGUCUUUAAAAGGGCUGCAAUUAAUAAUGUAUUUCAUUGUUCAUCAUGUCCUACUAGUCUAUAAAAAUAUACACUUUAUAAUCACAAUUAAAAUAGCUUUCUCCCUCUCACCCCAAACAUAUUGCUGUUGAAUUCUGGAAAAGGGAAACUUACACAGCCGUGCUUGCAAUUACAGUUUUUAUUAUUAAUAUUAGUAUUGUUAAAAAACAAGUUAAUUAUUUCACUAUCGAAAUAACAAUUUGGAAUAUGUGGUUAAUUGAUCUCAUUAUGUUGAUUUCUUUAAUUUACGUCUAGAAAAUGACAUCUCCAACAGACGUUGUGCCAUUUGUGCCUAUUUUAGACACUGAAAUGCAUUGAUCUAUAAUCAAUAAUGUGCACUUCUCUAAUCUAAAUUUUUCAAUUUAAAUCCAUUGCUAUAGUUGUGAAGAUGCCAUCUAUGAACACUGACACUUUGCAUGCAUCAUCCAACAUGCAUCAUA